AUGGAUAGCGACCAGCUUAUUGAGUCACAGGCUGAGCCAGGAAGCCUCACUGCCGGUAUACAGGAGUUCGUAUUCUUUCGCUCGUCGAUCUUUUCCGACCUCAAAAUCAUCUCCAAGGACCAAGAGUUCAAAGUGCACAGACUGAUCAUCUGCGGGCAGUCGGCCUAUUUCGCUCGCCUGUUCAACCACAACUGGAAGGAAGUAGAGGAGAGCGUCGUGCGCCUUGAAGAUGAUGAUCCCCGAGCCGUGGAAGCAAUGAUAAACUUCCUGUACGGAUUCGAUUAUAAUAGCAUCGGCCGUGACCGAGAGCGCGUUUCUCCAAUGCUGUUUCAUGCGAAGGUCUACCAGGUUGGUGACAAAUACGACGUCCCGAAGCUCAAAGAGCAAGCAAGAACGGAGUUUGCAGCGGCGAUACAAACAGACUGGGACAUGGACGAUUUUCCUCUUGCUAUUGCGGGCGCUUACUCGACCACGCCCUCAGGAGAUCGAGGCCUUCGCGACCCUCUGGUCGACACAUCCCUGGGAAAUAUCAGUGCCUUAUUGGAAAAGGAGGGCUUUAUACAGGUGCUGAGGGAAACUGUCGGGUUCGCUGCUGAUCUUGUUCAGAAGCAGAACAACCCGAGUCGGAUGAAAAGGUAUCGGUGUCUCAUUUGUUGCAAAGAAUGGGAAAUGUUGAAAAGCGAGUUUGCAAAUCGUUGUCCAUUUUGUGGAAAACGGAGGGACUGGGAAGAGUUUAUCGUCCUUUAA